GAGCACGCGUGAAGAGGUGGAGGAUCUGUGCCGUCUGGAGAAGAUGAUUGAUCUGAUCAUUCCCCGCGGCUCCUCUCAGCUAGUCAGAGAUAUUCAGCGUGCAGCUAAGAGCAUCCCUGUUCUUGGCCACAGUGAGGGGAUCUGCCAUGUUUAUGUGGACCAUGAGGCCAGUGUUGACAAAGCCAUCAAGAUCAUCCGAGACUCUAAAUGCGACUACCCUGCAGCCUGUAAUGCCAUGGAAACCCUGCUGGUGCAUCGAGAUCUUCUCAGAACCCCAUUGUUUGAUCAGAUCAUUGACAUGCUGAGAACAGAACAUGUGAAGAUCCAUGCCGGCCCCAAGUUUGCAUCGUAUCUGACCUUCAGCCCGUCAGAGGUCAAGUCUCUGCGUACUGAGUACGGGGAUCUGGAGUGCUGUAUCGAGGUUGUGGACAGUAUGCUGGAGGCUGUUGAUCACAUCCAUAAAUACGGCAGUUCCCACACUGAUGUUAUCGUCACUGAAAAUGAGGACACAGCAGAGCAGUUCCUUCAGCAAUUAGAUAGUGCCUGUGUCUUUUGGAAUGCCAGCUCACGGUUCGCUGACGGAUAUCGUUUUGGUCUCGGUGCAGAGGUUGGCAUCAGCACGGCUCGUAUUCAUGCCCGUGGGCCUGUGGGGUUAGAAGGGCUUCUCACUACCAAGUGGGUCUUACGGGGCGAGGGCCAUACAGCUGCAGAUUUCUCUGAGCAGGGCAGCAUGACAUAUCUGCACGAGAAUCUUCCGGUGGCGCAGGUUCUUCCUGGAUGCAGAACCACUAGCUAGAGUUGUGAAGUAAAAGCAUGUACAGUCAAGAAUCAAAUACAUCUUAUUUAAGUAAAAGUUCACCCACUUAAAAUCUAUUUAAAGACUCCAAUCAGGCAGUGUAUUUGGAGUAAGUGCGAAUACAAAGAAAAUCAUCUGUGGAUGGAGAGCCGUUCAAUGAACCCAUACAUUUAAAUUUUCCCAGAUACACCCAUUUUAGUCAAGUGUGUCUUGUUCUCAGAAAGAACCAGACGAACGUAUAGCUACAGAAACUCAGAAGGGUCAUGCAAAGAUGACAAGGGAAUUUGCUUAAAGCUGUAAUCCAUCUGAUUGUUUUUGUCAUUUUUGUUAUGAUUUGUGCGUUGUAUUAUGUUCUUUUGAGUAGCAAAACGAAUUACUGAUCAUGGAAAAAAUAAUGACAGCUUCACUCCAGUAUGGAGUUAAUGAAAAGAGGCCUCCCGAAUUGCCCCUGUUAUAUAUUUAUGUCAUAUUUAAUGUGUGAAAAUGCAGUAGGAAUUUCUAAAUGAAAUUUCAUGACAAAAAUUGGAGCAUUAAAAAUCAUUGUGCCAUUUUACAGCAUAUUGUGUACACGUAAUUUCAGCUUUUAUGGGAAAAAUAUAUACAUCACAUUUAAAAAAAACUGUUAUUAACUAAAAAAAGAAUAUUUUUCAUGUGGCAGUACAAGUCAUAUACAGUAAAAGAUAAGAAAACUAUCAACUGAAAAAGAAACUAGAAUUUUAAAGCUGCUUUGUCUGGAUAAGUUACUUUUAUUGAAGAGAAAACGCAAGAAAAGCAAUCUUCCUUGCAUUUUUUUUUUUUACUCAUUGCUUUUUAAUCAUGAUUAAUAGGCAGAACUGUUAGCAUUUCUGUUACUGCUGUAAAACUCACCCGGGACGGCCAGCUUUUGUCCUGAACUGCUUCAAAAAGGCCUCGUUUCCGUACUUUAAAGUGCUGUAACGCUCUACAAAAUAGUGGUGCUUAUAGUGUGAAAAGUGUUCUGAAGAUGUUCACAAUUUUUGUAUGUAGAAUAAAUUUCUUUUUUGUACUUUCAAAAAGACCUGAAAGUUUAAUUUGUACCUGAAAGAGGUUUGGAGAAGGGUUUAGGGAGGAAACCGACAAGUAUUGGGCCCAUUUUGAACUUGAUUAAUAAUCUUUCUUAAGUGCAGUUCAGUGUGGAAAACAUCAAGAGGCUUUUCUGUAGGGAGAGAGAGAAUUGCCAACACUAAGUGGGACAUGGAAGAGUGAAAACAAUACUACAGAGGAUUAAUUGUGUUGCUAUUAGGAAAGAAGAGACUGGGAGAAGACUGAGGCUUGCCAUGAAAGUGCCAGUGCCUUUUGACUCACAAGUUCUUUUUAUUCUCCAAAAUGUGCGGUUUACCCUCAAUGAGCCUUCAUCAGAAACUAAAAAGAUCCAGAGAUGAAGAGAAACUAAGUUUCAUUCAUCUGUUAUUGUGUUCCAACUUUACUGCGUAAGAUCUAUGAUCAAUGACUGUUUGGAUGAAAGAGGUUAAAAAAUGCUCAAAUGAGGACAAUGUUACUGCCAAAUCAGGAGAUGGAAAUACAGGUGCAGAAGUAAGAAAGUAAAAUUAUGACUAACAUGAGAAACAAAGCUUGCAGUGCUGAUUUUCAAAUCUAAGAUCGUGAGUGUUGAACCUAAAGCUGCACGUUAAGAUCUAUUUUGUCAGUACAGUUUUAUUCUGUUCAAAUUAUGACUGCUAAAUAAUUGUUGAUUUGUUACUACUGCACAUCAACCUGCGCCCAAUAUUUCACACGUCUGAGAGUUUAAAGCAUAUGGAUGUGAAAUUUAAAAGAACCGGUCUCAUGGCAAACCAUCGGACUUUCACAGUCAGUACAGCUUUAAUU